AUGCCCCAUAAGGAGAAGGAGGAGAUCCUGCGGCAGAGGAGGCUCAAUGAGAGAGAGAGAAUUGGAGAACUGGGGGCACCUGAAGUCUGGGGGCUUUCACCUAAAGUUCCUGACCCUGAUUCCGAUGAGCACACACCGGUAGAAGAUGAAGAGGCAAAGUCUAAGAGUAGUUCUUCGGAUUCCAGCUCAGAAGAGGAAAAGAAGAARAAGAAGAAGAAAAGAAAAAAGAAAAAACGUAAAGCAUCCAAAAGAAAGCGCAGGAAACAUUCUGAGGACAGCGACAGUGACUCAGAGUCUGAGCAGAACUCCAGUGAUGAAGAUAAAAAGAAAAACAAGAAGAGGAAAAAGAAGAGCAAAAAGAAGAAGUAUAAGAAAAAGAGGACUAAGAAGAGCAGGAAGGAAUCCAGUGAUUCAAGUAGUGAAGAUUCCGAUGAUGAAACACUUCAAGGGGAUGAUCUCUGGAUUGAGAGGUCAAAAAAUACUGAAGCUGAUAGUUUGAUUGGACCGGAGGCUCCCAAAACUCAUGCAUCUCAGGAUGACAGACCUUUGAACUAUGGACAUGCCCUCCUGCCCGGUGAAGGUGCAGCCAUGGCAGAGUAUGUAAAAGCAGGGAAACGCAUUCCCCGGAGAGGUGAAAUCGGCCUGACCAGUGAAGAGAUCGCAUCGUUUGAGAGCUCUGGUUAUGUCAUGAGUGGCAGCAGACAUCGCCGCAUGGAAGCUGUGCGUCUGCGUAAAGAGAACCAGAUCUACAGCGCCGAUGARAAGAGAGCUCUGGCAUCCUUCAACCAGGAAGAGAGGAGGAAACGAGAGAAUAAGAUCCUUGCAAGCUUUCGAGAGAUGGUCUACAGAAAGACUAAAGGCAAAGAGGAAAAAUAAUGCUUUAUUUGAGCUGUGCACCAUAGGUUGCACCACGUGGCAGCUAACCUGGUCCAGUCGUGAUUUGC